AUGCGUGAAGAAAUGUCGGACGGCGGCAUCCUUAUGUCCCCAGCCGUGAACAACUACACGAAUGCCGUCUCAUCGUCGCCGAACGAUGACACAUCCACAAAAAGAAAAGUCACGCACUCGCAUGAGCACGGAUUCUCAGACCAAGUCCGGAUUCCCAAUGUCAUCGUUAUGGUUGGACUUCCUGCUCGGGGCAAAACCUAUAUAUCCAAGAAACUUUGCCGAUAUCUCAACUGGAUAGGAAUCAAGACAAGAGUGUUUAACGUUGGCGAAUAUCGUCGUACUGAAGCGAAUGCUGCUGAUGCUGUACAUGGUGCAAAUGCGUCAUUCUUCUCUCCAAAUAACGCUGCUGCUCUGAAAGUGCGCAAUGAAUCAGCACGACGUGCCAUGAACGACAUGGCUGAUUCUUUGAAGUCUGGCUCAUGUUGUGUAGCGAUAUUUGACGCUACGAACACUACAAGGGAGCGAAGAAAAACUAUCAACGAUUUUUGCAAAGAAAACUGGUUGCGUUGCUUCUUCAUCGAGUCUAUAUGCGACGAUCAGAAAAUCAUUGAUAGUAACAUCACCGAUGUAAAGGUGAACUCUCCUGACUACAAAGGUUUAAUGUCAGCCGAACAGGCAAAGGAGGACUUCAUGAAGCGAAUAGAAAAUUACAAGCAGCAGUAUGAACCUAUAGAUGAGAUCGACGAUAAUGCGUUGAGUUUUAUCAAGGUCAUCAAUGCUGGUCGAUCGUUUUUCGUUCACAACGUUCAAGGACAUGUGCAAAGUCGAGUAGUUUACUUCUUGAUGAAUAUACAUCUACUUCCAAGGAGUAUCUACUUAACCAGGCAUGGCCAAAGCGAGUACAACGCAAUGGGUCGACUAGGUGGAGAUUCACCCUUGACUGCUGAAGGCGAGAAAUAUGCUGAAGCCUUGAGCCAGUUCUUUGAGAAGGAGAAAAUCAAUGAUUUGCGGGUUUGGUGCUCGCAAAAGGUUCGUGCUGCACAAACGGCAAAGCAAUUGAAGCCAGCGUUCCACACAGAAUAUUGGAAAGCGCUAGAUGAAAUCGAUGCCGGAAUAUGUGAGGGACUCACGUACGAUGACAUUCAGCAGAGAUAUCCAAAGCAAGCCGAAGAUCGUGCAAGAGAUAAAUACCAUUAUCGGUAUCCUUCUGGUGAAUCUUAUGAGGAUGUCGUCUCAAGGCUUGAACCGGUCAUUAUGGAACUUGAACGACAGGCAAAUGUGCUUGUCGUUUCACAUCAAGCCGUGCUUCGAUGUGUUUUGGCAUAUUUCUAUGAUAUGACAUUGGAUGAGCUACCGUAUAUCGACUUGGGACUCCAUGCCUUGGUGAAAUUGACGCCAAGAGCAUAUCAUUGCGAUUCGACAGUCUAUAGAUAUGAUGUUGAUAGAGGAGAGUGGACCUCAGAGAAUCGUCAACUCCCACUCUGCAGCAGUCCUCGCGACUGAUGCUUCAGUCUAUACUUUGUCGCGCCGGAGGAAGACAAUCUACGUGCCU